AGAGCCUGAAUAUUCCUCCGAUUCUAACACUAGAUUUGGAAAACCUGUAUCUGAUAUGGAUAUCGACAAGAAAAGCAGAAAUGGUGGAGUUAGUUGAUGGCAGUGGCGUGUUUGUAUCCCAAAUUACUGUCGCUGCCAUCAGCAAACCUAAAAUGGGUGGAAAACAAAUAGCAAGAGUUUUGUUGGGCAAACUAUUCACAAAGGAUGAACUGCUUCAUGGAACUAUAUCUAAGACUGCAGAAAAAUACCUAAACCCCAUCCUCAUUAACACAAUCAUCUCAUAUGCUAGAUCAAGAGAUGCAUAUACACCGGUUGGGCAGCUAAGAACGGCAAUCUGUAAUAAGUGC